CUAACAGGUCAAAGCUACGUGAACAUACUUUUAUUACAUUCUUUUCGUUUUUCAUUCGUCUUAUGAACACGUGUGUUAUUUAAGAUAAAUCAUGGUUGAUGUUGACAAGUAUGAAGAUAUUGUUCAAACUGGAGAUACUUUAGCCGUAACUUUAUCAACUGAGUUACCAGAAAUUAAACUUUUUGGACGAUGGAAUUGUGAUGAUGUUAAUAUUAAUGAUAUGUCUUUACAAGAUUAUAUAGCAGUUAAGGAAAAAAAUGCAAAAUAUCUUCCUCAUUCAGCAGGUCGCUAUGCAGCAAAACGAUUUCGUAAAGCUCAGUGUCCCAUUGUAGAACGUUUAACUAAUUCUCUUAUGAUGCAUGGUAGAAAUAAUGGCAAAAAAUUGAUGGCUGUACGCAUUGUUAAACAUGCUUUUGAAAUUAUCCAUCUUUUAACUGGAGAAAAUCCAUUACAGGUGUUAGUUACAGCCAUUAUAAAUUCAGGACCACGGGAAGAUUCUACAAGAAUCGGACGCGCUGGUACUGUUCGACGACAAGCAGUUGAUGUUUCACCUCUCCGAAGAGUUAAUCAAGCAAUCUGGUUGCUUUGUACUGGAGCUAGAGAAGCAGCAUUCCGUAAUAUUAAAACUAUUGCCGAAUGUUUAGCAGAUGAAUUGAUUAAUGCUGCUAAAGGAUCAUCAAAUUCUUACGCUAUUAAAAAAAAAGAUGAACUCGAGCGAGUUGCUAAAUCAAAUCGUUAAAUUUCAAUAUUUAUCAAAGAACAAUAAAUGAUAUUCAAAUAUA